GUUCUGGGCGGAAUGCUUAAGCAAGCGGCGCUAGGACCCCCGGGCAGAGACUCCGGGAAGUGGGAAGGGGGGUGGGAAGAAAUGCCUUACAUGGUCCCCUCUGCGGUCACCGUCUGAGCUCGCCGCCCAAAAUAGUUCCUGGCGCCAGUUGGCCUAUCUCAUGGCUGGGACAUGGCUGCUGCCUCCGACCGGGUGGAGGUGGGUGCCCCCUGGGGCCCCGCGCGUUUAGAGCCCCCUUCCACUCGUUUCCAUCGGGUGCAUGGAGCCAACAUCCGUGUGGACCCCUCGGGGACGCGGGCCACACGCGUGGAGAGCUUCGCUCACGGUGUGUGCUUCAGUCACGAGCCGUUGGCCCCUGGCCAGGUAUUCCUGGUGGAGAUCGAGGAGAAAGAGCUGGGCUGGUGCGGACACCUGCGCCUCGGCCUAACUGCGCUGGACCCCUCCAGUCUGGCCACCGUACCCGAGUUUUCGCUGCCCGACCUAGUCAACCUGGGCCACACUUGGGUCUUCGCCAUCACGCGCCACCACAACCGCGUGCCCCGAGAGGGCCAACACGAGGCAGAGGUAGUGGUCCCCAGCCGACCCCCGGCCCUCCUGGAAGAACCAUAUCUGUGCAUUGAGCAGUUCCGAAUCCCCCGGGACCGCCUGGUGGGCCGCAGCCAGCCAGGGCUCUAUAGCCACCUUUUGGACCAGCUCUAUGAGCUGAACGUUUUGCCUCCCACCGCGCGCCGUAGCCGCCUGGGCGUUCUCUUCUGCCCGCACCAGGAUGGCACCGCCGACAUGCACAUCGUCAUCAACGGCGAGGACAUGGGCCCUAGUGCCCGGGGGCUGCCAGCUGCUCAGCCCCUCUACGCGGUGGUGGACGUGUUUGCCUCCACCAAGAGUGUGCGCCUGGUCCAGCUCGAGUAUGGCCUGCUGUCCCUGCAGACUCUGUGCCGCCUAGUGAUCCAGAGGAGCGUGGUGCACCGGCUGGCCAUUGACGGGCUCCACUUGCCCAAGGGACUUAAGGAUUUCUGCAAGUAUGAGUGAAAGUCUGCAGAGAGCAGGACCCCAGAGCUGUGGCUGGUCUGAAGUGGGCCACACUGCUGCCAACCAGGACCAGAAAUAAACACAGCCGAUGCUGACAUUCUGAGCAUUGGAGGGUCUCCUUGCCCCCGCAGCACUUCUAGAAUCACUGUGAGUCGGCAAGUCAGUCAGAGAGAACAUUUUAGACUCUUGUCUAUCUACAUCAGGGCUUCCUAGCCUGGCCACUCUUUAGAGUUAUUUGGGAUACUUGGGGAUUUAGAUCAGUAGAAGAGAGCUUGCUUGGCAAAUGCAAGGCUCUGAGUUUGGUCCCCAGAACCAAA